AUGUCAGGCAAACGUUCUACAAAACAUUCAUUAACAUCAUCUAACAACGAUGAUAACUUAUGUUAUCAUUCUACAACAGUCUGGCGUGUUCUAUUAGAUGUCUUCAGUUUAAGUGUGCUUCUUAUCAUCACAGUAAUAAGUCAUUUUAUUCUUAAACCCUUUACUCGAGGUUAUUUUUGUACUGAUUAUUCCAUCCAUUAUCCAUAUAAGUCUAAUACCGUAUCAACAACUGCUGAUGUUUUAUUAUCUACUCUACUUCCUCUUCUUUGGAUAUGGUUAACUGAAUUUAUAAAAUUGUUCUAUUAUCGUUGGUAUCCUCAAACGAUAUAUUAUACAAAAUUACAAUUGUGUGGUGUUAGAAUAAGAAAUAUUCAUCCAUUUAUUAGAAAUCUCUAUCUUUUAACGGUUGUCUUUCUCUAUGGUUAUUUGACAACUUGGGUAUUGACAGAAAUUGCAAAAAAUUUUGUGGGUGAAUUACGUCCACAUUUUUUUGAACUUUGUCGCCCAAAUGUGACAUGCUCAUGCAGUUCUAGUUGUGGCGUUAAUAAUCAAGUUUAUAUAACAAAUUAUGUUUGUCUAAAUACCGAUGAAACAGCUGUGAGAGAAGGACGACCUUACGACCCUCGAUUUCUACCUUAUACUGUUUUGGGUGGAGUUGUUGGAAAUGACAAUACGGAAUUCGAAGUACAACAAGAUGCUGGUAUGUAUCAAUCGCAAAUUGAUGGUGUUACGCGAGUUCGAAUUGAUGGACAAAGAAAAGUAGGACCUAGAAAUAGCAAUGGCGAUUGA